UAUAUUGUAACCGCUGACUGGAUUAGGAGCCAGCAAUCAACAACAUGGCGGCUGUUCUGUUCAGGUCAAGACUACUUCAGAYAGGAUCGUCUAAAAUACUCCUAAAAGCAGGACUCAGGUCCUCGUCCUGUGCACUUAGGAAGUCCCAGAGUGCAGCCUAUCAUCCACAUGACCAUCACCCAAGACAACAUAUUCCACCACUUGCCAAAUAUGGUGGUCGCAACACAGUGACCCUUAUACCUGGUGAUGGCAUUGGGCCGGAGAUGGUUAUUGCUGUCAAAGAUAUUUUCAGACAUGUGGGUGUGCCAGUGGAUUUUGAAGAGCUUAAUGUUAGUGGUUUAGAUAUUGUGGAUAUGGAAUCUCAYGAAGAUGCCAUGGAUCAUGCAGUGACAUCAAUACGACGUAAUGGUGUUGCAAUCAAAGGAAACAUUUUCACACCACUCGACACACAUCCAGAUUUUCGAUCUCUUAAUUUGGAACUGAGACUGCGUUUAGAUCUGUUUGCUAAUGUUGUGAGAUGCAAAUCAAUCCCUACUAUAAAAACCAGACACACUGAUAUAGAUCUAGUGAUUAUCAGACAAAAUACUGAAGGAGAGUACAGCCAACUUGAACAUCAGAAUAUUCCAGGUGUGGUUGAGAACUUUAAAAUAACUACAGAAGAAAAGUGUGUUCAGAUUGCCGAGUAUGCCUUUGAAUUUGCCAAGAAACACGGCCGCAAGAAAAUCACUGCAGUUCAUAAGGCAAACAUAAUGAAAAUGGGUGAUGGAUUGUUUCUUCACUGUUGCAAYGAGGAGGCCAAGAAACACCCAAAUAUUGAGUACGAUAGUAUGAUUAUUGACAACUGCUGUAUGCAACUGGUAAGCAAUCCAAACCAAUUUGAUGUAAUGCUCUUGCCAAACCUCUAUGGUAAUAUUGUCAGUAAUAUUGGAGCUUCGCUGGUUGGUGGACCAGGAGUAGUGCCGGGAGAAAACUAUGGUCCUGAUUAUGCUGUAUUUGAAUCAGGGUCCAGACACACUGGUCUAGAUAUCAAGGGAAAAGGUAUCUCUAACCCUAUCAGUAUGUUGUUUGCAAGCACCUUGAUGUUGCAAYACCUUGAGUUUACWGCAUACGCCGAUCUCAUAAACAAAGCCAUCUUGGACGUCGUAAACAAAAGAAUACUUACAGCUGAUGUAGGUGGAACGGCUUCUACUACAGAAUUCCUUGCGGCCCUGAAACAAGAACUCGACACGUCACCAAGAGUGAAGCGGAUUUACUGAUUCCCAGAUCUCAGUAUUUCGAUCCCGGGUUCCUUUCGAUCUUCCCCACCACAAUGCGUUUUAUUAUAAUAACCGCUUGAUAUAAAUCAAUUGAACAUAAAUAAAUUCAAUUGUAGACUUAGAAUUGAGUUAACAUAUUCAAAUUUUAAAAUGGUUUUUCUAAUGACACUCUGUAAAUCUAAGUGAUCGAGUGGUAAGAGCCUCCUUGGGUUCUUAGGGCCUGUCACGUAACGUCGCGUGACAGCGUCGCGUGACAGACCCUUAGAACGUCUGCGUCGGAGGCUAGUGGUAAAUGUAUGCAGGGCUGUGUUGUGAUUCUCGUUCUACAAGCUAGUGGAUGGGUAAAUCAGCUUUAAAUGAUUGUAAAUACAACAUAUAAACUAUAGGUAAUCAAUAAAAUAUCGUUUAUCCAA